AUGUCCAUGGCAACGCUCGCUAAUCGUGCUUGCAGACCAAUUGCUCUUUCCAACUUCAGAACAGAUCAGUCAAGCAAUGACCACAUUAGUUCGUUGUGUAAACAAAAACUUUUCAAAGCUGCAAUGGAUGGGUUUGAUUUUUUACGUGAAAGAACCAACUUUCAAGUAAAGCCCAGCACCUACGCCCAUCUCUUUUCUGCAUGCUCGUCUCUGAGAUCGCUUGAAGAAGGCAGAAGAGUUCAUGAACAUAUUCUAGCAUCGAAUUAUCAUCCAGAUAUGAUUCUCUGUAAUCACAUUCUCAACAUGUAUGGAAAAUGCGGAUCAUUAGAGGAUGCUCGCAAGGUGUUCGACAAAAUGCCUGAGAGAAAUGUAGUCUCUUGGACUUCAAUGAUUGCUGGGUACUCACAAACUGGUCAAGAAAACGAAGCAAUUAAGAUGUAUUGUGAAAUGCGGUUGUCAGGCAUUAUGCCUGAUCAGUUUACAUUUGCAAGCAUAAUAAGAGCUUCAUCAGGUAUGAAUAGCAUCAAGUUAGGAAGACAACUGCAUGCAAAUGUCAUUAAGUUAUCAUCAGGCUCUCACCUCAUAGCCCAAAACGCUUUAAUCACAAUGUAUACAAACUUUGGCAAAAUUUCCGAGGCUUCACUUGUGUUUUCCAGUAUAAGGACAAAAGAUUUAAUAUCAUGGAGCUCUAUGAUUUCUGGCUUUUCUCAGCUUGGUUAUGAACAAGAAUCUUUAGCCUGUUUCAAGAAUAUGUUCAGCUAUGGAACAUACAACCCAAACGAGUUCAUUUUUGGUAGUAUUCUCAGUGCAUGUGGCAACCUUCUACACCCAGAAUACGGAAAGCAAAUACACGCAAUGAGUAUAAAACACAUGCUCCAAAAAGACACUUUUGUUGGGUGUUCACUUAGUGACAUGUAUGCAAGAUUUGGAUUCUUGAAUUCUGCAGAAACUGCAUUUUGUCAGAUUGAGAAUCCCGAUGUUGUUUCAUGGAACACUAUUAUAGCUGGAUUUGCUUAUUCUGGAUAUGUAAAUGAAGCUGUAUUCUAUUUCUCAAAGAUGAGAAACAUGGGAUUCAAACCUGAUGACAUUACUCUUAGGUCUCUACUUUGUGCUUUCACAACCCCAUCAACUCUACACCAAGGUAAACAAUUGCAUUCCUACGUCACUAAAACAGGGUUAGACAUACACAUUUCUGUAUGUAAUACUUUACUUUCAAUGUAUGCAAAGUGUUCGGAUCUUGUUAAUGCUUUUCAAAUCUUUAAUGACCUUGAAAACAACAAAGAUUUGGUAUCUUGGAACACUAUACUUACCAUUUGCAUUCAGAAUAAACAAUCGGAAAAAGUUUUCAAACUUUUUCGAUUACUGAUUUUGUCUAAUAAUAACCCGGAUCAUGUUACUUUUGCUUCCUUACUCGUGGGUUGUCGGGAACUUGCAUCUUUAAAAACAGGGGAACAAGUUCAUUGCUUUAUAAUCAAAACUGGUUUUGAGGUUGAUAUAUGCAUGACAAAUGGAUUAAUCGACAUGUACACGAAAUGUGGGUCCCUUUUAAACGGUCGAAAACUCUUUGAUUACAUGUGUUAUCAUGAUGUUUUCUCAUGGAGUAGUUUGAUUCUUGGGUAUGCUCAAUUCGGAUACGGAAAAGAAGCUCUUGAUCUCUUCAAACGAAUGAGAGAUUCACGGGUCGACCCGAAUGGUGUGACUUUUGUUGGUGUUUUAACCGCUUGUAGCCAUGUGGGAUUGAUAAAAGAAGGAUUGGAGUUAUUCAAUUCCAUGGAAACAAAACACGCGAUCAUGCCAACUCGAGAACAUUACGCGUGUGUGGUUGAUUUGCUUGCUCGAGGUGGAUUGAUAAAAGAAGCGGAAUCGUUUAUUGAUUGGAUGCCAUAUGAUCCGGAUGUUGUGAUGUGGAAGACUGUGUUGGCUGCGUGUAAGACGCAUAAUAAUGUUGAGAUUGGUGAAAGGGUUGUGGAGAAGAUAUUGAAGAUUGAUCCGGGGAAUUAUACGGGUUAUGUGUUGCUUUGUGGGAUAUAUGCGGGUUUAGGGAAGUGGAAAGAGGUUGGUGAGUUGAGAAGGUUGAUGAAAGAGAAGGGUGUAGGUAAAGUUCCGGGGCAAAGUUGGAUUGAAAUUGAGGGACUAGUACAUGUGUUUUGUGUAGAAGAUGUUUUGCAUAACGAAAGGGAUAAAAUAUAUGGAGUUUUAGAGGAAUUGUGGUUACAUAUGAGUUCAUUUGAUAAGGUAGGGGGUGAUAUUGAGUUGAAUGAAAUUGAGCAAGUUGGAAUAGACUUGAGAGAGAAACGAAUGAAUGCAUAA